AUGAAUAAGAGAUACUUACAGAAAGCAACAAAAGGAAAGCUGCUAAUAAUAAUAUUUAUUGUAACCUUGUGGGGCAAACUAGCAUCUGGUGCAAACCACCAUAAAACUCACCAUGUUAAAACUGGGACCUGCGAAGUGGUGGCGCUCCAUAGAUGUUGUAAUAAGAACAAGAUAGAAGAGAGAUCACAGACAGUCAAGUGCUCAUGCUUCCCAGGGCAGGUCGCAGGCACCACCCGAGCUGCUCCUUCUUGUGUUGAUGCUUCAAUAGUGGAGCAGAAAUGGUGGUGUCACAUGCAGCCAUGUCUUGAAGGAGAGGAAUGUAAAGUUCUUCCAGAUCGAAAAGGGUGGAGUUGUUCCUCGGGAAACAAAGUGAAGACAACGAGGGUAGGUAAAAGCCUAGUCUUGGCAUGUAACGUGGCAAAUAACUUGGUAAAUAAAGCAUGA